AUGGAAACCGAGCAAGUUAACAAAAGAGCGCGAUCUUCGAGGCCUUCCACUGUAGAAAGAAGAACAACAAUUUAUGAUUUACCUUAUGCAUUGCUUUGCUAUAUCAUAUCCUUCCUUCCAUUAAGGGAUGCGGUGAGAACUGGCGUUUUGGCUCAUUCUUGGAAAACUAUUUGGAUGUCCAACCCUAACUGGAACUUGUCGUUCCUGACUUUCCCGCGCAUGCGAAACAAGAAGCAACGGUACGAAGAAUUUGUCGAUCGCGUCAUCUAUUUGCAUGCCGGAGCAGGAAUCCAAUCAAUGAAGAUUUGUCACACCAGUUACGAUGGAUUCAGCCAGCGGGCUCAGAUAUGGAUGCAGUGUUUAGUACAGAGGCACCCGCUACGCGAAUUAGACAUCAACAUAUGCUAUCCUGUGCUACCACCCUCCGCGCUAUUCUAUUGCACCACCUUGGUCAGUCUGCGGCUUUGCUUGUAUGAUUUGAGCCCUAACAUUCCGAGGAAGGCGAGGCUUCCAAACCUGAAGUAUUUGACUCUCGAGCAGGCCGUAUUCCAGGGUUCGAGUGCAUUUCAAAGGUUAAUUGACGGGUGCCCAAAUUUGACUGCACUUGUAUUGAAGGAGUGUUUACUGAGCGCGGAAAACGAUCAGGAUAUCAAGAUUUAUCACGACACACUAAUCGAGCUGAGUAUAAUCAAUUGCCGUUAUUUCCCCAGUUCGUUGCUGCACUUAACGGCGGUAAACCUUAGCAGGUUCGCCUACGAAGGUCGGAACCUGCAGCUCAGCCCGCGUAAUAUGUGUUACCUGCAGUCGAUAACGUUUGCAAGGCUAGAAUUUGAAGAGCUUGUCGAUCUCUAUUUGAACAAAAUGAAUAAUGGAUUGGCAGCGCGUUAUGGCCAAAAUAUGUGCAGGUUAUUGUCGUCCUUUCGUAGCGCUCGGGGACUUGUACUGGGUGACUGGUGCAUCGAGUACUUGUCGAUGGCAGCUGACAGCCUCAGAAUCUCACCGUUAUCGAAUCUGAGGUCACUGAAUCUGCGAAUUUGGCCAAACAGCGGCCACACUUCUGCAGCUGCUUUUCUGGUCAGGUCCUGCCCAGCACUUCUGCAUCUACAUAUAACACUGUGUGAGAAUUCAAGCCCCGGAUUGUACCACAAUGCAGAAAGACAAAGGCAUCCAGUUCCUACCGAUAUCCUCGCAGGCGAGCCAUUCAAUCAUAGCCUAAAAAAAGUCGAGAUCAAGAAAUUCCGAGCUUCUGGUGAUGAGAUGAAGCUCCUACAAUACAUGCUUAAGACUUUUCUUGUUUUGGAGGAGCUCAAUGUCAAGUUUGUUACAUGGAUUAAUCCCCCGUUGAUGUCACAAGCUAAAAAGAAGGCUAGAACGUUCGUGAGAGCUUCGCCAAAUGUGGCCGACCUGUGGAAGGUAAUCGAUGGUGCUGAAACAACUCCACCAUCGAAGGAGAAUGCAGAAGUGUUUAGAAAGUGGCGUAUCAAGGCAGGGAAGGCGAUGUUCAUUCUGAAGACGAUAAUCGGAGAAGAGCUGCUGGAGCAUAUCAAAGAAACAGACACAUCCAAGGCUACAUGGGAUACCCUCGCCUCGUUAUUUCCAAAGAAAAAUGAUACUCAACUUCAACUGCUGGAGAAUGAGCCGAUGACGAUAUAG